AUGUUUCAGUCAAACUUCAACAGUAAUGAUGCAAAAGAUGAUUGGAUUAAUGAAAUAGAUGAGGAUGAUGAUGAUGAUGACACGUUUGAAUACCUUUACCCAACUUCAGCUAGAUCUCAAAGUGGUCCUUCAAAAACCUCAACAUCGAUAAAAAAGGGAGCUCAAAAAGUUGACAAUGUGCCUAAUAAAUCACUAUCCAAACCACCAGCAGAAACACCGACUUCAUCAUCUCAGUCUCCCAAACUUCUCAGGGUUUAUCCACCGCGUCAACAAAGUUCAUAUGCUACUAACUGUGGAUAUCCGUUUAUCAAAAGAGGAAAGUUCAAAGGAUUCUAUGAUGAUAGAAGAUACAGAUGUGCUUUCAGCAACUUUGAUAUCAACAGGUGCAACCAUUCCAAUUGCUAUUGUCUUCAUACCCCCAUUGUGCCGUCCCCUUUGAAGUACCAACGCUUAGACUUUAUGAGUACCAUUGAUGAAGCCGAUGGUGAUAUUGAUGAAGAACACACAGAUAAUAAUGGUGACGAUGCUAGACAGGAUGAACAAAAUUCAAAUGAUAGCAGAUCCUUGAGUUCUCAAUUUAAAAAGAAUAGGUAUAAGUUGUCACGAGUGAAACAUAGGUCUGAUGAUCCAAAAAGUAAUCAUGAAAAAAGCCCCUUUAAUGCAAGUGAUGCUGGCUCUGUAUCUGAAAAGCUUUCCAAACAGCAUCAAUUAGACAUCAUCAUUUGA